AUGAUCCGAAAACAAUUUAAGCUUUUAUUUGUUUUUGAUGCCACCACAACAAGCAAUCAGGAGCCGCCAACUUGUCUUCCAAAUGGUAGCAAAUCAAAUUGGCCAACAAAGAACGAGCCAGAAUGGGGCCAAUGCAAUGAGCAUACAUCAUGGACAACUGUUGCAUUUGGACACUGGGACACAACUGGGAGUACAAUUGAUGGAUCACCCAAAACCAUCUGA